AUGGACGCCUCGCGCGAAGAGCUCGAAGACGCCAUCGCCCACAUCAUCCCUGACAAACCUUUUCCCAAAUACAUCGACGAGACCGUCUUCCUCGAAUUACAAAGCUUGCUGAGCCAGCAUCCCGACAAGAUCUUUUCGGUAUGGGCUCACGAGAACCCGCGGCUUUUUCUCCUCCUACGUAUGCUAGGCUGCGACGAUGACGCCCUCUACCAGAAGCUAGAUAGCGAGAAAAUCAGCGAUUUCUGGCUUCCUCUGGGAUCCGCCACGCUGAAUCAGCUUUCCUCCUACACAGACAUCGCAGCACAGGACUGGCGCCGGGCUCAGCUUCAUGUCCUAUCGCAGUCCGAUCAGAUGAGCGAGCAGAAGCUCACAUCGCCUAUUCACGCUCACCGGCAUAUACAGAAUGGUAACGCGCAUUUUGAAGAGUUGGACAAGCUUGGAAAAGGAGGUUCUGCUGAAGUGGCUCGUGUCAGGCAUAAGCUAUCAGCGAAAGAGUUUGCGUGUAAACGCAUCAAAAGGGCCCCGGAGGUCAAGUUGCAACGCAACCAGCUCAUCGAGUUCAAUGCUGAAGUCAGCGUGUUGAAACGCGUCAGCCACCACCACCUCGUCAGCUUCGUUGCGAGCUUCACAGACUUAUCUUCGUUUUCGCUCAUUCUCAACCCUGUCGCGAAGGAUGUCCUCAAGAGCAUGUUGGAGCGACAGGCGCGGGAUGAACCCCUUCCUGAAGCAGACAUCUCCGCUUUACGUCGUUCACUCGGGUGCCUCGCCACCGCGCUUGCUUAUCUACACGAAGAAGGUGUGCGUCACAAGGAUAUCAAACCCGGCAACAUUCUUCUGAGCGAUGGAUGCGUCUACCUGUGCGAUUUCGGCAUCUCACGUGACUGGUCCAAGGCUGAACACUCCACAACAGAGGAUGAAGUCUUGAAACUGACGCCUCGAUAUUGUGCACCCGAAGUUUUCGAAAAAGGGCCCCGCAACACAAAAAGCGAUGUGUGGAGCUUGGGAUGCGUUUUCUUGGAGAUCAUCAGUGUUGUCAAAGGCUACCCAAUGGAAGAGUUCAACAGCUUCUUACUGGACGCCAGCGACCAUCAAAGCGAGAAAGGGCUCUGGUGCGCUUUGGAUGCUAUGACUGCCUGGCUAGAAGAGAUCAGAAGUGAGAAAAAUGAUUCUGCAGAUGAUGUCCCACUGGGUUGGAUCAUGACCAUGAUUCGCCCCGAAAAGGAACAUCGUAUCAAGGCAAGUGAAUUGGUCGAGAUGAUAGUGAAGUGCUCUAGCGAGCUCGAAGGACCUGACUUGUACAUUGGCCCUUGCUGUACACGACCCGAUAGCGUCGCUUUGCCAGACUCAGUAGACAGUCCGACAUUGAAUGCACCUAGCUUCCAAGGCUUAGAGAGGCAUAUCCUCAACACGACGUAUGCUUCGACGCCCGACAACAUACCUUUCGACUCUAGUGUUCCGACUAUUCAGACGUGUGCGAAGUGCGAAGUAGGUGAAGACAGGAUCCAGAUCUACGAGACCUAUCGCACUAGACCGGAAAAUUCUUCCACCUCGACAAUGCCUAUGUUGUGGUGGUCAACUCGACGCUUAGUGAUCAGCUACGUAUCGGGACAGCCUAAAAUGCGACAUUGCAGCUCAUUCUGGCUUCCUCUGGCGGAUAUCCAAUGCAAGCUUGCGGAAAAUACAGUGACACUGAAGUGGUCCGACUGCAACCAGAUGACUGAACGAAUGUCCGGAAACUACUCCACUCACUACGACUGGAUAUACAACCCGAGCAGCACGAACAAUUCUAUCCAAGUACGCUUCAAUACCUCCGAAGAUGCACGAAGGUUUGUCGAUAUAGUGAGGCUUCCCUACGAAGAUGGUGAGACCAUUAGCAAUGGCCGACAAAUUGAUGUCUCCGAAAAUACUGAGCUCAAUAUUUUCGAUGUAGGACGUCCUGGUGUGCGUAAUUACCGAGCUGCGACCCUGACGUUCGUAAACAAUUCCUUGGCAACCUCAAAACUAUAUAUUCAGUGGCCUGAGGCUGACCUGGAUAUACACAUUCGGGACUCGUUCGACGCUCGCUCUGCUGCAUCGACAGGGUAUGAAAUGGUCGUGGAGGUAAAAAAUGUGGCAACGCCCACCUACCACAGCGACACACGCGGCGAGCCCGCAGCCGACUACGAUCGGGUUGCAAGAUUCAAUGAGGCACGUCAGCUCAAGACAAGUCUUGCCGUCGCCUUCCAGAUCGGCCUCAAACAUGGCUUGCCUAGACCACCAGAUGGUGUUACGGACAUGCUCCAAGGCCUGACUGGAUGGACGCUAUGCUACUUCGCCAUCGUUACUAGAUUCAAAUCGAAGAAUAAACGCUUUGGUUCCAAGCGCCACGGCCGUGCCGACGUCAUGCUCUGGGAGAAAGAAGUCGACGAUACCACUGCCGGCUUUAAACGGCGGGGCGCCAAAGUCGUCUUCCGACUCCAUGAAGCUGAAUUGCUGUGGGCCAGCGGUAGCAUCACCGGCUCCACGAGUAUCUCCACCUCCGCUGGGCAAGAUGCCACAAUUUCUGUUUCCAAAAAAACGCGAGGUAAACUUUUGAAUGUUAGCAAGAUGGUUGCGAUCGCCUCUGAGGCGACGAGACCCUCAGACAGUGGACACUCAAGGGGGCACUCUGAUGUUCAUGAGGAUAUGUCUGACCUAGUGCUUACCUUCGAAAACGAGCAAUAUCGCCUUGAAUUCGUCAAGCUCGUAACGCAUUUCAAAACAGCUGCAGCCACUGCAGCCCCGCUGUCUCGUACGGCAACCGGCGUCGAAUCCAUGCGGCGAAUGAACAGCCCCGCUUCGACCGACGUGCACAUCAGUCCACCGAUGCGAUGA